UUUAUAGAAACUUUUAUUGUUGCAGGGAGAUGGAAGAUUUUCGAGGUAUAACUGAAGAGUCAUUUCCGAGCUUUUUAACCAAUUCAUUACUUGGUAAUAGUGGGAUUUUGGAAAAUGUAACACUUUCUUCAAAUCUUGGCUUGCCUGUUGCUGUUUCAACACUUGCUAGAAAUAGAUCCAGCACUGAUAAUAGGUGUUCUGAUAUCCAGGCAUCUUAUUUAGUAGAAGAGAGGUCUUCAGUUCCAUCUGAGUCAUCUCCCGGUAGCCAGAGUGAAGCUGAACCAAGAGAGAAGUUACAGCUUAGCUUCCAGGACGAUGAUGAUGAGAGAAAGAGUCAUAAAGAAAGUCAACUUUUGUCAGAUGCUGUCCUCAAAGAGUCAGCUUUCCCCAACAAUCGAGCAAAAACUGAAGAGGAGGAGGCUAACACUGCAGAAUCCUUUCACAGGCAAGAUCCUUGUGUAAAGAUUUUACCAUUGGACCAAAUGCAAGAUUCACCUGUUGAUGUUUGUUUACGAUCAUGGAUGAAUGAGAACAAGAUUGUUGUUCCUGAUGCCGGAAAACAUUUUGAAGGGAAGAAUUCAAACAAUGACUUAAGCCAUACUAGUUUAAUAGAAAAUGAAAAACUUAUGUCACUGACAAGCUUGGAUGACUCUUCUGAUGAUGAUAUUGAUGAUGAAGAGUUUUAUGAUGAUCAUUUGGAGGCUUAUUUUGAGCAACUUGCAAUUCCAGGAAUGAUAUAUGAAGACCUAGAAGGACAGGAACUUCCAGAAAAAGAUUUUAGGUUGCCUAUAGGUGAUCUCAUUCUGGCAAAUGGAAAUGGUAAUUUAAACUGUAAAUCUCAGUCAGAAAAUAACAGCUCUCUGAUUUCCCAUGGCUCACACUCUUCAGGAAAUUCUGAAACAACCCACAGAGAGUCUGAACAAGGCCAUGUUUGUCUCCCUGGGACCAGUAAUUCUAUAGAUAAUGGAAAUAGUAGAAGGCAUGUAGAAGAUGUGUUACCAUUUUCCUCUAACACCUUGAGAAUUGAAAAAAAGAAAGGGGCAGAAAGUUCAAAGGGUAUUGUUCUACAUUGUGACAGAGAAAGCACAAGAGAAGAAGUUCUGGUGAAGACUAUCAGGACUGCUAAUGCAAAAUUUAACCCUGUUUAUUUUUAUGAUGAUAUAAAAGUCAAUAGAGUUGAUUUUGACCUGAUGAAUCCUUUAAAACUGGAAGCAGGGUCUCCUCAUCAAAAUAAGCAAUUGGCAUCAGAUUCAGACACUAAGAUUCCUAAAGUAUUCAUUCAAAAAAAUAUGAACAUAGCAUCUUUGAAGCCCAUUAAUAAAAAUUGUAUUAAUUUUGAUAUUCUCCAGUCACCAACUAGCGAAAGAAGAGCAUGUGAAAGUUAUGAGUCCAUUGAAAAGAAUAAAGACCAAGCUGAUCUACCGCAGAAUGUGGUUUAUCAAAAUGAAGAAGGUAGAUGGGUCACUGACCUUGCUUAUUAUACAUCUUUUAAUGAAGAACAAGAUUUAAAUAUGCCUCCAGUGGAUGAAAUGAAUGAAGAAUUCAGAACUGGUUCUGAGGCAUUGGAGUUGAUUGCACAAGAUGAAGAAGAAUUUAAUAAAGAGCACCAGUUUAUGCAGGAAGAAAAUAUAGAUGCCCAGAAUACUUCAGUUGCACUAAGGGAUACGUCGUGGGGAACUUCAGUUAAUUACAAUUUGUUGAGGAAAUCACUUAGCACAUCAGAUUUGAACAAAGACGAUGCCAGUUAUUUACGUCUCUCUUUGGGAGAGUUCUUUGCUCAAAGAUCUGAAGCUCUUGGUUGCCUUGGUGGUGGUUACAGUGUGAAAAGACCAUCAUUUGGUUAUUUUAUUACAUCACCAGAAGAGAGAGAACCUGUUGCUUUAAUAAGAAAAUCUGAUUUAUCACAAAGUGAUUUGGAAAAAGAAAUGGCUCGUCUUAACCAUGAUCCAUUUUCAGGAGAUUUAAAUGAACACUCCAAUACACAACUAAGUGAAGGAUCAGUUACACUUCAGGCGGAAGAACUGGAGAGUAUUUCACAAGUGGAUGAAAACGAUGUGACAUUAACUGCCAAUAAAGGCAAAACAGAGGAUACUUCCUUCAUGAAUUGCAAACCCCAAAGAUGUAAAGGCAAACUACCUGAUGGUGAUGAUUCUGUACUUAGGAUAAGCACCAUUGCUUCAGCGAUUGCAGAUGCAUCAGUGAGUACUGAUCCUUCCCAACUUGCUGCCAUGAUCAAGGCACUUUCAAAUAAAACCAGAGAGAAGACUUUUCAGGAAGAUGGUGAACAACAGGACGUUUCCAUUGUGUCUCAUUUCAUAGCUAAUGAUUUAGAAAAAAGUAAUGGAUCCAGUGCAUUUGAUAUGGAGAAAUACCUUAGAAAAACGGAAGUUAGUAGAUGUGAAGGUGGACUGGGAAACUUUUCAAGAACUGGUAUGUCUGACAUUUGGGAUUUAUCUUUGCCAAAAGAACACACUACACAAGACAUCCAUACAGUGGACUUAGAUGCUACUAGAAUAAGUGUAAGGGAACCAGAAGAAAAUACACCAGCUGCUUUUUAUGGUGAAAACAGAGAGAGUGAAAACCAGGAAUCAUUUAGAACAAUAGACUCUUCAGAUUCAGUUAUUACAAAUAUAAGAGAGAGUGAGAGUGCAAUAGUUGAUGUGAAGACAUAUUCCAUUGACGAAAAAUUACCAGAUACUGGUAACAGUGAAAAAGCUACCUCAAUAUCCAUUCCAACAUCUAAUAGUUAUUCAUUAGUAAAGGGCCCCUUUUCGCUGUCAGAAGAGUGUGAAGAAAUGCAAACUAAUAGAGAAAAUCAGAGGCAAAAUGAAUAUGUUAGUGAAACAAGUAGCAGUGAAAAACAUGUGACUUUUGGAAAACAUUUCUUAAUCUCACCUAAAAAUGUUGAUUUGAAAAAUUCUUCUCCUGAGCAUGGUGGACAUAGUUCAGAAGAUGAUCAGGAUAGCUUCAGACCUUCCACCACUCCACUGAGUCAUUCUUCUCCUAGUGAAGUUUCUGGAACGAGUUUAUCAGGGUAUGCUUCAGAAUCUUUUGGCUCAGCUCAUCAUCAGACGCCCCCCUGUGAGAGUGAGUUGUCUCAGUUGAUGUGUCCACAGGCUAGUGUGAGUAGGCUCACUUACGUGUCUGAACACGAGAGCACCUGUCCCACCAUGGCCUCAGAUCAUGGCCUUGAGGACUGCAAGCAUGAUAUCACCAGUGAGUUGAGCACCACAAUUAUUCGAGGAAGUCCAAUUCCACCAGAGGAACAGGCUGUGGAAAAGUUGAGAGAAAAAGAUUCAUUUCAAGGUAGAGGAAGAGAAACAUUGUCACAUAUUAUCCAGGAAAAGUCAGAUACAGAAAAAAUGACUGAAACUACUUCUCUGAGUAGCAAACCUGAAGAUGUGAAACCUACGUUUAGAUUUAGUAAAGAUCUUUCCUCCAAAAGUGAAGAUCCAUCGGAAACCACUGCCACCGGUUUGACUACAAACUCCAGUGAAUUGGACCAAGUCAGCCUGGCUCAUCUGAGCAAGUCAGGUCUCAGGCACCCGAUUGUGUCAGCAUUGCCACGCCUCCCUGUGACACUCCAGGCAUCUGGGAACGAAAGUGAGAGAGUAACUUCAGAAGAUACGGCAACUACCAACAGUGCAUUGAGUGGCCAGGUUCCUCAUCAGAUGGCCUCUGGAAGCCAGUGUGCCUCUAUUCCCAGCUCUGUGGUUUAUGGCUCUGCUCUGGACAUGCAGAACAUGCCCACCUCAGUUCCUGCACUGUUGACUCGACAUUCUUUAGCCACAGCUCCCUUUGCCCAGCAGUAUUUGGGAAUACUACCUGCAGCUGGAAAUUCUGCUUUGCCUCCGUGCUAUACUGGUAGCACCACCGUCUGUGGGUUCUCAGGAAGCUGUUCUUAUCCUGCUGUCACAGGCGAGCACGUUCCGAACUCUGUGGCUGUGGACAUUUGUCUAGGACAAAAUAUCACCUCUGGAUUGAUGGGUUCUUCUUCCCUUUGUAACCCAUAUUCUAAUACCACACAUCAGAAUCUUCUAACUACAGCAAAAUCUUUUCCUGUGCAGUCUGUUGGUGCAAAUUAUGGCAUUGAACCAUGGGAUUCAGGAAUGAUGUCAGGAUUUGGGAAUGUAAGAGUACCUGAGGAAGUGAAGUUUCCUCACGCUUGCUGUGUUGGUAUUGCUUCACAAACCCACCUUAGUAUACUUAAUCCAACCACCCGCUGGCUGCAGGUCAGCAUAGGAGUUCUCAGUGUUAGUGUUAAUGGUGAAAAGGUAGAAACAGAAAAGAAAGAUGUUCUUGAUUUUGGUGACUUGACUUAUGGUGGCUGGAAAGCUCUCCCAUUAAAAUUGAUAAAUAAGACACAUGCCAUCGUGCCAAUCAGACUUAUUAUUAAUGCUAAUGCCAUAGCCUGGCGUUGCUUCACGUUUUCCAAGGAACCCGCCUGUGCUUCGAUGAGAGCUGCUCCUUAUGCUGAUGCGAUUGCUCAGCUGGCAGCUCCUUCUGUGAUCAAUCACAUGAUGCCCGCCAGUUACGAUGGACAGGAUCCUGAAUUUUUUAUAAUCUGGGUUCUUUUCCAUAGUCCAAAGAGACACAUCACUUCUUCAGAGAUUCUGGACUCAGCAGAAGAAUUCUUGGCAAGAGUUGAUAUAGAAGUUGAUAGCCCAAACCCUACGCCAGUCAUUAAAAGUGUUGGUCUUCGAGCCAGAACAGGAAUUGCUAGGAUACAUGCUCCAAAGGACUUACAGACUAUGCAUUUGUUUGCCAGUGUGGCUUCCUCAACAAAACAGCACUUACCCUUGAAAAAUGCUGGGAAUAUUGACGUAUACUUAGAUAUCAAGAUCCCAGAUCAAGGAAGUCACUUUUCAGUGGUUCCAGAGACUCUAUUCCUUAAACCUGGAGAAGAACACGAAGUUCUUGUUUCAUUUACUCCAACGGAUCCCCAAACCGCUGAGGAAAGGAUCUUGAAAAUAUUUGUGCAGCCAUUUGGACCUCAGUAUGAAGUAGUGUUAAAAGGUGAAGUUGUUUCCUCAGAAAAUAACUCUCUAGCACCUGGAUCUGGCUGCUCAGACAUUCCGUCCAUUUUAUCCAACAAGCAGUUUCUGGCUUGGGGAGGGGUCCCUCUGGGCAGAACACAGCUUCAGAAACUAGCUUUAAGAAAUAAUUCUACGUCCACAACCCAACACUUGCGACUGCUAAUUAGAGGACAAGACCAGGACUGCUUUCAGCUUCAGCACACUUUUGGUUCAGAAGAGCGAUUAACUAGUAACUGUGAGAUCAAAAUUCGUCCAAAAGAAGACAUUACCAUCUUUGUAUUGUUUACACCUACUCGAUUAUCUUGUAUGUUGGCUAAACUAGAAAUUAAACAACUUGGAAUUCGAUCACAGCCAGGUAUUAAGUUCACGAUACCUUUGUCUGGAUAUGGAGGAACAAGUAAUCUUAUUUUGGAAGACGUUAAAAAAUUAUCUGACAGUUACAUGGUAACAGUGAAUGACUUAAUACCUGGCAAAGAAAGUAGAAUUGUUUUUUCUAUUCGUAACACUGGCUCUCGGGCAGCUUUUGUAAAAGCUAUAGGUUUUAAGGAUUCUCAGAAAAGAGUUUUCUUGGAUCCUAAAGUAUUAAAGAUUUUCCCAGAUAAAUUUGUUCUCAAGGAAAAAACACAAGAAACUGUUACUAUAAUAUAUCAUCCAUCAGAGAGAGAUAGCAAUUACAAAACCACAACAGAAUUGUCAACUGUGUACUUCUUUGGUGGAGAUGAAAUUUCACGACAGCAGUAUCGAAGAGCUCUGUUGCAUAAACCAGGGAUUCUAGAAGAGAUACUUCCAGAGCAUAGUGUGCUUCAGAACAUUGAUUUUGCUGAAACGUUUCAAGAUGAGCUACUAGUAACUGAAGUGUAUGAUCUUCCCCAGCGGCCUAAUGAUGUUCAGCUCUUUUAUGGAAACAUGCGUAAAAUUAUGCUUUCAGUAAUUGGAGAAUUCAGAUAUUCCACUUCUAACAGAGAAUUUCUUCAGUCUUCUUCCAAAGCUAACCUAGAAUUUAAAAGUGAAUCUGACAGUCUUGGGAAACAUGGUGGCAAUGUUUCUUUGGAUGUUUUACCAGUUAAAGGUCCUCAAAGUUCUCCACUUUCACAAGUUGUUCACACACCUCAGGAGAAAUCAUCCUCUGAAGAAAUGUGGACUGUCCACCCUGAACACUUGAUUUUGGUAGCCCCUUCUGCGUGUGACCUGGCAAAAACUGGACGUUUCCAGAUUUUAAAUAAUUCUGUUAGGUUACUGAAAUUUGAACUGUACUGGCCGGCACAUUGCCUUACGGUCACACCACAACAUGGAUUUAUUGAGCCAGAGAGUAAGCUACAGAUUCUUGUGAGCCCUAAUUCCUCCUCAUCCACAAAACAAUCAAUGUUCCCAUGGAGUGGUUUGAUCUAUAUUCACUGUGACAAUGGACAGAAGAAAAUUGUGAAAGUUCAAAUUCGAGAAGACCUGGCUCAAGCAGAACUUCUCACUCGUUUGGCCUCCAACCCAUUGGGAACCCCUUUUCCAGUUACUGAGCCUUUAACUAGACAUCUUGUAAAACCAAUGACAAAGCCACGUUCCACAAAAGUUGAGAUAAGAAAUAAGACUGUUACUUUUCCUACAACAGAACCUGGUGAAACUUCAGAAAAUUAUUUGGAACUUCAGAAUCAUGGUAACACAGAAGUAAAGUGGUAUCUGUCAUCUUUAGCUCCACCUUAUGUCAAGGCAGUCGAUGAAAGCGGAGAUGUUUUUAGAGCUACUUAUGCAGCAUUCAGAUGUUCUCCUAUUUCGGGAAUAAUGGAAAGCCAUGGCACCCAAAAGGUCUCCGUUACAUUUUUGCCUAGAGAUAAAGGGGAUUAUGCCCAGUUUUGGGAUGUUGAAUGUCACCCCCUGACAGAGCCUCAUAUGAAACAUACCUUGAGAUUUCAACUUUCUGGACAAAGUGUCAAAGCAGAAAAUGAGCCUGAAAAUUCAUGGGUUUCUACAAAUACUCUUAUUAAAAUAGAUAAUGUAGUUAAGCCCCGAAGACAAGCUGUGUCAGAAGCUCCUGCUCCCAUACCUGGACACCUUGACUUGACUUACCGUGGAGUUUAUGCCCCAGAAGAUGUGUAUCAGUUUCUACCGACUAGAGUGGGGGAAUCAAGGUCUUUAAAAGUCAACUUGCGAAAUAAUUCUUUUAUUACACACGCGCUGAAGUUUUUAAGUCCCAGAGAGCCUUUCUACGUCAAGCACUCAAAAUAUUCUUUGAGAGCCCAGCAUUACAUCAACAUGCCCGUGCAGUUCAAACCAAAGGCCGCAGGCACAUUUGAAGCUUUGCUUGUUGUUCAGACUGAUGAAGGCAAGAGUGUAGCUAUUCGACUAAUUGGUGAAGCUCUUGAAAAAAUGAACUAGAACACAUAUUGUGUACAGUAAAUGUCCUAAGUUAUAUUUUGGUAACUUCAUUUUUCUACACUACAAUUAUGCUUCUGUAUAUAUUUUGUAUGAUAAAUUCGAUGUAUAAAAAAUAUUUGAUGUAUAAACAGUAGAUUUUUUGUUGUUUUGAGAAGCUAAUACUGAAGAUGUAACUAAAAUAUCAUGUAUUCUAGCCUAUAUAGUAUUGUAGCUAAUUUUUGAUGGGAGAAGAGAAUUCUAUUUUUUAAUUGAUUAUGAUAUUCUGAAUAAAGAUGGUAUAUAUUUUAUUGUGCUAUAUCUAGAAAUAAAGUUAAUUUUCACUGAACUUGUCUUUUUUUAUAUGAUGUCAUAUAGAAAUCAGAAUAUCGCUUCAUUCUAAUUACUUCCAAGCUCCUGGGUUGAUUCUGUGAUUUUUCUCUUCCAUUGCAUAGUUUCCUUUCCCCUAACAAAUUCCUUCCCUUUUCCUCCUGCCCCGUAAGCUAAUUUCCCAGAGUAAAGAAGGAAGCUUACUUUUAAUGAAAUUGUUUUCCUCCAUUGGAAAAAGUCUUCAUAUUUUAUGCAAAUACAUUGGAGAGGUUGAUGUAUUUUAAGAUAGCAUUUAUUGUAAGUAAAGCCAGACAGGACAACUGCUCCAGAACCGUGUAGCAGGGCCCUCUGCAGACACUUACCCUGAGAUCAGGGCAGUGAGACACUGAGCAGUCAGAAAAAUGCUUCCGAUGUGACGUGAGCCGCGGCAAGGAGGGAGGCGGAGAAGGUGACAUGGGUACCUGGUUUCACCCAGGAGGAACAUGCUGCUUGACUGCUUCUCAACCAUUACCAGUAAGUCUCCUGAUAAAAAUUUCUGAGCCUCAGCGAACAGCCUCUCCUUAGGAGCAACAGAAUCCCAGCCUGUGAGCAUUUGUGGGGUGGGUGGGGUGACCA